CUGUCUUAACCAAAGAUGUAUUAUUUUUGUUGACUCUAGGUUCACUCUAGGUUCCAUUUGGGUGCCCUGCCCGGGAGAUUUUUAAUCUAAAGAAUAAAUGUGAAGUUAUAACAAAUUUAUUAUUAAAUAUAAAUUUGUCAGUGUCUUAUUACCUGAUUUGGGACUUAAUAUCUAAAAGCCAAAUGUCCAGGGGUGCCUGGGCAGCUCAGUCGGUUAAGUGAUCGCCUCUUGACUUUGGCUCAGGUAAUGAUCUCAUGGGUUCGUGAGUUCAAGCCCUGCAUCUUGUUCUGUGUCGAUGGUGCAGAGCCUGCUUUGGAUUCUGUCUCCCUCUCUUUCUGCCCUUCCCCUGCUUGCUCUCUCUCUCUCUCUCUCUCUCUCUCAAAAUAAACAAAAAAUAAACUUUAAAAAAAAUUAAAAAGCCAAAUGUCCCUUAUUUGAUUAUCAUCAAUUUGGUGAUAGAAGCCGUAAGAGUUAUUUUUACGUGGUCUGUCAAAAAUAUGACUUGAUGAAUUCCAGGAAGGUUUCUUCCUGCCCCCAAAUACUUUUCCUGCUGUCCUAAUCCCAGUUGUCAGUGUUUAACAUUUCAGAAUUAGAGAUACCUUCCUAUGGGUUAGAAAAGAAAAAUUAGAUUAAAAUUUGAGUUAAUUAAACCUCAUUAGAUAUAAAAUGGUGAAGUAUAUAAGUUCCUGAAACCUUUAACAAUAUCACAUUUCAAACCUCUCAAAACUAUGUCCAAUAGAGAAACAAACAAUUUUCUCAACCCAAAGAAGACAAGUAAUCUUGUGUUAAAUAUACAGUAUGCAAAAUAUCCCAAGUGGCCAAUGAGGCCGCGUGAGGGUCUUGAUUACCAACAGACUGAUUGCCAAAGGGAGGAGGCACCGAAAAGGAUGCUGGGAGCUACCGCACCCACUCCCGAGGAAGCUUCACCUCUUCGCUACUCUACCAUCAAGAAUCAAUUUUGAAAAUAGUUUAUUCAUUAAUUUCUAUAUUUACACAUAGUCCUUCUAAGAUCACCUAACAUAUUUAGUGCUGACAAGUUAAAACAAAAUUUAAGAAUCAUUGCCCCAUGCCCUGCUCAGAAGGUGCUGGAUUUUUCCAGAAGGUUCUCCAGCACCCCUUAGUGGCAGCUUUGCAACAUGGGCGGGGUGCGUCAUGAACCUAUUUUUAGCACUUUUCCAGCAAUGGAAAAGUACUUUCCAUGCAUCAUCUUAUUUUUUUUCUUCAUAAUACUCCUAAAAAGCAGUGUCAGGGAGCAAGAAUUCCUGUCCCCUCAAAAGUCCUUCUAACUGGACUAAGCAUCAAAUUGACAUAAGACAAACUAACAGGAGAAAAUCAAAGUUAAUAGAUGUUCCUGAGGAAUCCACAUAGACAUAGAAAUUCCAAACACAGGGAAAAUGAGGUAUAUACGUCAUUCUAAAAUAAGGAGAAGCGGGUAGGUUCUGGGACUUUAAAGGAAAGGAAUGUCCUUCACACGGCAAUAAGAAUGGAUGCUUGCUCUGUCAUUCAGAUGGGUCACUCACAUAAAAUUUAUCUCUGUUAAUAACCCUUAUUCUGGGAAAGACCCUCAGUUUAGAUUCUUGUGUACGGUAAAGGGAGGACAAAAGUUUCUCUUGAGCCCAUAAGGUCUUAAGUGCCUUCAGUUCAAAAUAGUCCACAUGCCCAAGUGGCAUGUUUUGGGGGGAAGAGGGUCUGUCCUGAGAUCCUUCAGUAGGUAUUAUGAUUAUCCUCAUGGACAUAUCAAGAAGAAGCUGAGUUUUGGAAUGAACAAUUUCUCCAGGGGAACAUAGGUAGUGGGAAAGGCACAAAAAUGAAGGUCUAUAAGAUUUCUGAGCCUGCACACUUAAUAAUCUUACUGAGGUGUCAAGAGAGGAAAGCAUGAUCUGCCUUUAGCCACUAACCUUCUCUGCCUCCUUCAUUGUUCCUAAUACCAGCGUUCACAGGAAAGUUACCAACAUAUAUCGCAUUUUUGUUUGUUUGUUUGUUUUACAUUUGGUUAUAAAUGGAUCUUUUCCCAGCUACAAAUACUCAAUUGUUUUAAUCUUCAUAUAAUACUCUCUAAAAUGUCUCUCCAUCCUUCCUCUAGAUUCAAUCUGAAAUACCAGUUUCUCUCUUAAAAUGUGACUCACACAAGAUCCAAUAUUCCAAACCAAUUUAUUUUUCCAACAUAUAUAUAUUUUCAGAACCAAAGAGGUGCUUGGCACUGCUUUAGACAAUGGGGAUAAAUCUCCUUGAAGAAUUUAUAAUCAAUUGGUCUAACAAUUGCCCAGCAUGACUUAUGUUUCAGUAGGCCUGGACGGUCUACCUUUGCUAAAAUAAUUUAAUGCUGCAUUAGCUUUUUCUGCAUUUGCAAAAUUAAAGCUAUCAUUCAUAUAAUUAUUUUGAUAGGGAUUAUCUCAUUUUAUACUCACAAUACUCUCCUACAUUAUUUGUUAUUAAUUUCAACUUAAAUAUAAGAAAACCAAGGGUAAGUGGCUUUCCCAUAGUGACUAAAUAAAUAGUAGGUGUUAGAUCUUAGAACUAGCCACAAUAUUGAGAUUAAAUACAUAUAGGCUCUCCAUCAUGCUUUGUCUCACAUAACUCCAAUCAUUUAUACUGAGCUUAGGAUCAAUCAAAGUUCUGGAUCUUUUCUAUUUGAAGCACUGAUGAUCCAGGUCACUAUUAUUCUACCCUUAUGAAACUGAAUUGUCUUUUUUUUUAUGUUUAUUUAUUUUUGAGAGAGAGAGAGAAAGAAAGAUCAUGAGUGGAAAGGGGCAGAGAGAGAAGAAGACACAGAAUCCAAAGCAGACUCCAGGCUCUGAGCCGUCAGCACAGAGCCCGACGUGGGGCUUGAACUCACGAACUGCGAGGUCAUGACCUAAGCCGAAGUCAGACACACAACCAACUGAGCCACCCAGGUGCCCCUGAAACUGAAUUGUUAAUUCUACUUAUAGGAGUUCACAUUUGGGCAUGUCCAACUGCAUUUAGUUGGUUUUAUCUUUGGUCAAGAAAUAUUCAUUUGAAAUUUCAAUUCUGUCUAUUCUUACUCAGCUCUUUCGGUUCUCUACUUUGGGUAUAUGCAAAUUUGAUCACCUGUAUUUGUCUCCAUCAAUGUUUCUGACUUAAAUGUUAAAAAUAGGAAGAUAAAAAUAUGAAACAGACACUUGGGACAUCACCAAAUGGAACUUCCCAGGUGGCACCAUCUAUCUCUAUACUGCACUCCUAUCUUUCCUGUGCACCACAAACUCUCUUUUGUGUCGAUUGGCUUAUUCUUUUUAACAGCACAUUCUGUGCACUUGAAGUUUAACAUUAUACAAGACUAAUGUAGGGGCAGAAAAGUUUUCCCUUCUUCCCUUCUAGGUUCUUUGGCUGGUCUAAUAAUUUAAUUGAUCUAUGACAGGGUAACAGGUCUAAUAAUUUAAUUGCUAUAUGACAGAGUAACAGGGGGAAAAGAAAUAAAUAUUUAAUAACAUGUAUAUAUCUUGUAUACCUGGGAGAGACUCAGGAAAACUGAGUAACUCCCCGAAAUGGCCAUCACCUUAAAGACCACCUUUAGCUAAAGACAUGAGAAGAUGUUGAGGGUAGGGAGUCAGUUCCAGGAGGUAACCCAGGAAAAGCAGUAAGAGUGAGGUUGUUGUGUAGAUUUAAGCCAUUGCCUUCUUCUUUGAUAAGAGUUUCUAGAGACUGACUCAUCCCCUUCAUCUUGGCACAGCGAGAGAGACACCCUUAUGCAAGCAAGAGAUUUCCCUUAUGCAAGUAAAUACCUCUCACAGAAAGGAAAAUGUUGAAGAUGGCCGAGCGAGUAUCUAUCAAUCUGUCAUCAGCAACACCAGCAAAGAAAUGUCCUGUUUCAGUGACUUUCCAAUGCCUGAAGACUUUCCAAACUUCCUGCACAAUUCUAAGCUCCUGGAAUAUUUCAGGAUUUUUGCCAGAAAGUUUGAUCUUCUAAAAUAUAUUCAGUUCCAGACAACCGUCCUCAGUGUGAGAAAACACCCAGAUUUCUCAUCCUCUGGCCAAUGGGAGGUUGUUACUGAGAGCAACGGCAAGAAGCAAAGCGCUGUCUUUGACGCGGUUAUGGUUUGCAGCGGCCAUCACAUCCUCCCUCACAUCCCACUGGACUCCUUUCCAGGUAUUGAGAAGUUCAAAGGCCAGUAUUUCCAUAGCCGCCAGUACAAGCACCCAGAGGGAUUUGAGGGGAAACACAUCCUGGUGAUUGGACUAGGAAACUCGGCCUCAGAUAUUGCCGUUGAGCUGAGUAAGAAGGCUGCUCAGGUUUUUAUCAGCACCAGACAUGGUUCCUGGGUCAUGAGCCGUAUCUCCAAAGAUGGCUAUCCCUGGGACAUGGUGUUGCACACCCGGUUUAUCUCCAUGCUCCGAAAUGUCCUGUCACAAUUCAAAAUAAUUCGAAAAUGGAUGAUGGAACAGCAGAUGAAUCGGUGGUUCAACCAUGCAGAUUAUGGCCUUCAGCCUCAAAACAAACAUCUCAUGAAAGAACCUGUAGUAAAUGAUGAUCUUCCAAGUCGUAUACUCUAUGGAGCCAUCAAGGUGAAAUCAAGAGUGAUAGAGCUCACAGAAACUUCCGCCAUCUUUGAAGAUGGAACAGUGGAGGAGGAUAUUGAUGUCAUUGUCUUUGCAACGGGAUAUACUUUCUCUUUUCCCUUCCUGGAAGAGUCACUUGUUAAAGUAAAGGAUAAUACGAUCUCACUGUAUAAGUACAUGUUCCCUCCUCACCUGGAGAAGUCAACUCUGGCAUGCAUUGGUUUCAUCCAGCCCCUAGGCUCCAUUUUCCCAACUGUUGAACUUCAAGCUCGUUGGGCAACCAGAGUUUUCAAAGGCUUGUGUACCUUGCCCUCAGAGAAGACUAUGAUGGCGGACACUAUCAAGAGGAAUGAAAAAAGAAUAGAUCUGUUUGGAAAGAGUCAGAGUCAGACACUGCAGACCGAUUAUAUCGACUACUUGGACGAGCUCGCUUCAGAGAUAGGUGCGAAGCCAGACCUCCUGUCUCUCCUGCUAAAAGAUCCCAAACUGGCCGUGAAGCUCUAUUUCGGACCCUGCAACUCCUACCAGUACCGGCUCACUGGGCCUGGGCAGUGGAAGGGAGCCAGAAGUGCCAUUAUCACUCAGAAAAAGAGGAUACUGAAGCCUUUAAAGACACGGGCACUAACAACCUCAUCUAAUUUCCUAGUUUCCUUCCUGUUGAAAAUCCUGGGGCUUCUUGCUAUUUCUAUGGCCUUUUUUUUCCAGCUUCAGUGGUUCUAAUCUGUCAGAGUAAGGCUUUUGACUUUAGUGUCAGUCAGCUCCUCUUUAAAAACAAAAAAGGCUAAAAGAAAAAAUAUUAAAUCUAGAUUCUAUGUUUCAGAGCUGAUAGGAACAGAGAGGUGGUUGUAGAGAAUUAGCAGAAUUAGGUCCGUGUAAAACACCAAAAUGGCGUCAUGAAAUUUCUUGGCCAUUCCAACCUUUCCUCAAGUUCGCCAGAUUCUCCAAAAGGACAAAUAACAUGGCCAUGUACAUAGUGCUGCCAGCCCUUACAUAACACAGUUGUGUGGAAAAAAAUAGAAAUGCACAGAAUGAAAAGCAGGCCCCAUGGCUUAAAACAUUGGAAAAUUUCAACAGUGAGUAAAUAUCUAAUCCCCUGCGUGAUGCUCUUAAUAGUCCCCUUACCCAGACUGUAUUUGGUAACAAAGUCCUUGGGUGUUACGUCAUGCUCCAUUUGCUUAGUGGGGCAUUGCUCAAAAAUCCUGGAGAUAACAAUGAGAGGAUAGACUCAAAAAACGAUGGCAAUGAUGUGACAGACUUCUAGCACCUCAUGUUGAAAGCUGAGCCAACAGCCACGUUUCUGAUACUUUGACAUAAAACCACUAUAAAAAUAAAAAUAAACAUGCCAUAAUAGCUAUAUACAUAUUUAGUACUUACCAUUGACCAGACAUUGUGCUAAGUGCACAGUAUAGUAUUUACUUCAUUUAAUUCUUGCGAUAAUUUUGUUAGAUGGGUGUGGCUAUCAUACCCACUUGUCAGAUGAUGGAACUGAGACUCAGAGCAUUUGGGUAACAUGCCCAAGACCAUACAGCUGGUCUUGUCGUGGAGCUGGGAUUUGAACCCAGUUUUGCUUGACUCUAGAACUGCAGAUCAUAACCUUUCUGCAGAAUCUACUUAUUGACAAAAGCCCUUAUUAUUGAUCAAGUACUUAUUAACAGUUAAUUUUCUUUAUAAUCAUAUAUAUGUUGCUUUGGGAGGAACUUAACACAGAUAAUAGCACUCUUCUUGCAAAUAUGAUCAAUUAAUUUUUUUUGGAGUGAGAGAGAGAGAGUACAUGAGUGGGGAAGAGGAGUAGAGGAACAAGGGGAGAGAGAAUCCUAAGCAAGCUCCACACUUGGCGUGGAGUCCAAUGUGGGGCUUGUUCGCACAACUGUGAGAUCACGACCUGAGCUGAAAUCAAGAGUCAGAUAUUCAACCAACCAAACUAUCCAGGCACCCCCAAUUAAUUGAUUCAUAAUAUUUGGUUUAUAGUCCAGCUAGAUCUAAAAAGCAUUUGAAGGGAUUAACAGUGCGAGACACCUAUACAAGAACAUUUCAAAUAGCCACUGACAUUUUGAAAAAAUAAGCACCAAGGAAGAAGUAUAUGUUCCAAGUAGAUGAAAAGCAUUAUAAUGAUUGAGCCUUGUAUAUAGCUCUAACUUUAUAAUCAAGGCAAGGGCAAAACAAUAUGUAAUCUCCGUCAUCUGAUGAAAGGAAGCAUACCAGUUUUUUAGGAGACACAUUUUCUUGGAACUGAAAUCUAAAAAAAGACACAAGCAAUUCAAUGUCAGUAAGCUUUGAGCAACAUAAUAAACAUCCAGUUUAUCUGUCCACUACAGCCAUUCUUUCCAUGAAGUGUGCUUUGGGAGAUAAACUAUGCCCUAAACCCAGACCAAGGCCUUCUGAAGAGGGAAAAGGUCAGAGAUUAGAGAUUUAGACAAACGUCUCCUCUUACUUUUCCAAAGCCUUUGUGGACACUGUUCUUUACUUGGGCCUGGAUUUGUUUCUGAAGUGCCUAGAGCAAUGUAAUGACAAUCGCUAUCAGUGGAAGCUUUAUUUCUUUAGAGUCCAUUGAAAUAACACCACCAUUUAAAUGCCACAUUUGUUUUCAUUGCUCCUAUAAGCAGUUUCCUUUGAAAAAAUUGCAGAUGGUAUGUAUACUUCUUGAUUAAAAACUGAUUAUUUUGCUAAUUAUUAAAGAUGAUUUGCAAGCCUUUAUAUCAAUAAUAAUAAUAAUAGAAUUUAUCAAUCUUGUAUAGCAAGAGAAGGUGAACUACUUCCGGUAGGUUAAAUCCAGUGUACUACCUAUUUCUAUAAAUAAAGUUUUAUUGGAACACAGUCACAACAUACAUUGAUGGUCUGUGGCCGCUUGCAAGCUACAAUGGUGGAGUUGAGUAGCUGUGAUAGAAACAGUAGGACUCACAAAGCCUAAAAUAUUUUACUAUCUGGCCCUUUAGGGAGAAAGUUUGCCAAUUUCUUUGUCGUCCCAAUUAUUUUUCAUAACUUGCUUCAUUCAUCGUUAUCACUACCAGGGAAGUAACUAUAAUAACUAGGUUAUUAUCCUACUUUUACAGUGGAACGAAUUGAGAAACAAGUGUCAGGUUGAUACUGAAUCAGUGGGGAAAAUAGCUCCAUUAGGACAAAAUUAUUAUUAAAUGUAUAACCUUGAAAAUUUUAGAAAGAGGAUGAUCUCUUGAAAUCUUUCCAAAUAUUCUGAAAUCUUUUUAAAAACAUAAAUAGUUCAUUUCCAGAGUCUGAGAUUCACUAAGGAAGACUCAUCCAAGUUUAUUCUUCUGCCUCUAUAUACCCUGAAACAGGAAACUAUCCCAGACAAACCACCUAGGAUAGUUUGUUCCAAACUACAACCCACAGACUAUCUCAGGGAGCUUCUAGAAGUGCAGAUUCUUGGAGGAGGAAUUAAGAUGGCAGAGAAAUAGAGGGACCCUAAGCUUGGUGCAUCCCUCUAACAUAGCUAGACAGUUAUCAAAGCAUGCUGAACACCCAAGAAAUCAAUCAGACGUCUGAGAGAACAAAAACUGGUGGUCUACAAGUAGAAAAGCCACCACCUUUCGGAAGGCAGGAAGUGCUGAGCGUUGACUCAGGGGAGAUAUAACUGUGGGUACGGGGAGGGAGCCCUGCUCGUGGAGACUACCACAAAGUAUUAUAAGCAGCAGGGCACAAAGUCUGAGUCUUUAGAAGUCCACUACCAUGGGACGUGCCUGACUUAAAGGUACUCGGGUGGCAAAGCAAGGCAGAGUCCCAGGAGUGACAGUAUGGAGUGAGGAUCCCCUGGGUCGCACGAAGAAUGGAUGGCUCCCACAUGCUGCACUGUUCCCAGGCACAGGAGCAGGGUCUCUGGCUGAGGGCAGUGAGCCAGGGUGCCAGCUUUCUGCUCUACUUUGCUAUAAACUCUGAACCACUGCAUGAUCAUGUGAUCACUUUCCUAGCACGGGCUGGCAAACACUUGUGCUGUUGCACAAGUAUGGCAAGACCCUCCCCCAGAGGAACAGCACCGGUCCAGGCUGCAAAAGUUUCUAAAAUUUGGAGUUUUGAAACUCAGUCAUAUGCCUGCGAUAAAAGAAGCUCGGACACAGGCAGGGUGAACGCAGGGUCCUGACAGAAACCAGGGACACAAGAGGGGUGACUGAUUGCUCUUCUGUGAGGGUUCCCCCAAAGAGUGGGGGGGCACAAACUUUCAGCUCCAGAGCUAAAGAAUGUGGCACCACCACAUUCAUCCCACCCAUCAGCGCUGAAAGUCUUCAAGGAGCAAAUCAGCACCACCUAGUGGAGGCCUAAGCUACCCACACCAAGCCUCACCCACCCUGUGCCCUGGAGGUGUAGUAUUUCCAUUGAACAAGACAGCAGGAGAAUGAGCCCAGGAUUCCCCUCCCCCAGAAGACCAACACAAACAACUCACUCACACCAAGUCUACUGAUCAUAGAGUGCUGCAAGCUUCAGCUCUAGGGGAAAUAGGAUCUCACUUCCUUUUUACUUAUAUUCUUUAUUUUAUUUUUUUCACUUAUUUUCUUAUUCUUUUCUAUUCCUUAUUUAUUUAUUAUUAUUUUAAUUUUUAUUUCUAUAUAUAUUUUUAAAUUUUUUGUUUGUUUUCAUUUCAUUUCAUUUUAUUUAUCUAUAAUAAACAGUGCAGCAUGUUGGAGCCACCCACUCUUCUUGUGACCCAGGGAUCCUCAGUCCAUACGGUCACUCCUGGGACUCGGCCUUGCUUUUGGGUGGUUGGGGGGGCAAUAUAGAUUGUUUUAAAAAGCAGACCAAAAUACAGCCAGGAUCUAGUUUUUGGGUUUUUUAAAUUUUUUUUCCUUGUUUUUUUCUUUGUUUUGUGUGUGUGUGUGUGUGUGUGUGUGUGUGUGUGUGUGUGUGUUUUGUUUUGUUUUUGUUUUCUUCCCUUAUUUUUUUCCUAGACAAAAUGAUGAGAUGGAAAAUUCACCCCAAAAGAAAGAACAGGAAGUAGAUCUCAUGUCCAGAGAUUUAACCAAUACAGAUAUAAGAUGUCUGAACUAUAAUUUAAAACAAUGAUUAUAAGGAUUCACUGGGCUUGAGAAAAGCAUAGAAGACACUAGAGAAUCCCUCUCUUCAGAGAUGAACUAAAAUCUAGUCAGGCUGAAAUUAAAAAUGCUAUAACUGAAAAUGCAAACCCAUAAGGAGGCCAUAAAAAUGAAGAGGGAUAAAACAGAGGAGUGAAUCAGUGACAUAGAAGAUAAAAUUAUGGAAAAUACUGAGGCUGAAAAGAAGAAGAAAAUAAAGGUAAUGGAUCAUUAAGGCAGACUUAGGGAACUCGGCAACUUGUUAAAUGGAAUAACAUUUGUAUCAUAGGAGUCCCAGAAGAUGAAGAGAGAGAAAAAGGGGCAGAAGGUUUAUUCAAACAAAUUAUCACUAAAACUUUCCUAAUCUGGGAAAGGACACAGACAUCAAAAUCCAAGAAGCAGAGAGAACUCCCAUGAAAGUCAACAAAACCCAACCAUCACCAAGGCAUAUCCUAAUCACAUUCACGAAAUACACAGACAAGGAAAGAAUCCUGAAAGCAGCAAGGGAAAAUAGUCCUUAACCUACAAGGGAAGAUAGAUCAGGUUCACUGCAGAUCUGUCCACAGAAACUUGGCAGGCAAGAAAGGAAUGGCAGGAAUAUUCAAUGUGGUGAAUGGGAAAAAUGUGCAGCCAAUAAUUCUUUAUCCAGCAAAGCUGUCAUUCAGAAUAGAGAGAGAGAGAAAGAGUUUCCCAGACCAAAAAAAAAAAAAAGAAAGAAAAAGAAAAAACUAAA